UUAGCCAUAUAUCGAAUAUAUCCACCAAAAAUAUCAUAUGAAACUAUUUGGCUUCGUUCUUCACCUCAACCACCUUUUGGGCAACGAUUUCACAAGAUUUCCAGGACGGAUCCCUGUAAACAGUUGGUAGAACCAGGUUUGGGAGUGGUCUCAUUGCCUCGUUGGUUUUUCGAUGAAACAAGUAAACAAUGCAAUACGUUUAUAUUUAAAGGCAUGAAAGGCAACCAAAACAAUUUUCUAACUUAUCAUAGCUGCCAAGAAACUUGCAAAGCUAUCAAUCCAUGUGCUGGUGGAAUUCCAUUUAUGCACACUGAUAUUGAGCGAAAAAAUCCAUGCGAAUUACCUCUGAUUUUGGGCAAUGGACGAGGUGCUCUAAGUCGUUAUUAUUUCGAUAUCAGUACAUCAUCAUGCAAGCAUUUCAUUUACACUGGUAUGAAGGGGAACGAAAAUAAUUUUGCAUCACUUAUAGAUUGCAAACGAACAUGCCCAGAGUUUGAUAAUCCAUGCCCACUUGGAGUUCCAUUCAUCAACAAGAUGAACGGAAAUGUUGCAUAUUGUACUGCUGCAAACCCAACAUGCCCACCUAACUACUGGCUCAAUGACCAUACUUCUUGCUUAUUGCCAUUAAGUAGGGGAAAUGGUAUCGCCAAACUUCCAAGGUUUUAUUAUAACUUUCGAUCACGGUCUUGUGAACAAUUCAUAUACACAGGUCGAGGAGGAAAUCAGAACAAUUUUUUGACGAAGAUGGCUUGCGAGGAAGAAUGUCCAGUUUUAGUGAAUCCAUGCGGAAAAGGUUAUCCUGCAAUGAAUUCAGAAAGUAAUCCAUUGCUAUGUUCAGUCGCUGCACCAAGUGUUUGCCCCAUUGGCUAUUACUGUCAUAUUGGAACAACAUCCGAAACAACUGUCUGUUGUCCUGGAGACCCAUGUAAACAAGUCAUUUCUCAUGGUAAUGGGCGUUCAGUAGUGAAUCGUUGGUAUUUUAAUUCUGAAUCUCGAAUAUGCGCCAGCUUUGCUUAUUCUGGCAGUGGUGGUAAUCAAAAUAAUUUUCUCAGUCGAGAAGACUGCGCAAAUACAUGUCAUGAAUACAAGUAUGUUGUGAAUAUAAAUAUGGGAAAUAUUUUCCCCAAAUUCAACCAUGCAAUAUUUAUAACUCACUGUGGGGCUUCUGGACCAUCUAUUUGUCCUGCAACUCAUUGGUGCCAUAUUGGAGCAUCUUUAGAAACAUCAGUUUGUUGUCCCGGUGCUUCGAAUCCAUGUGAGCAGCCUCUACUGUUAGGCAUCGGAUCAUUGGACCUAUUGCGCUUCUACUACAAUCAAGUGACUAGAACAUGUCAACAGUUUCGUUACACGGGUCUCGGUGGCAAUGAAAACAAUUUCUUAUCUUUACGAGCUUGUGAAUCUCGAUGUCCAGUUUUUUUUUUUCUUCCAAAAUCAAAACCUACGAAUUUCAUUAUCUUUAUUUCAGUUUCAUGUAAUGCUGAUUAUUUCUGUCAUAUCGGUGACAAAGAAGAAACGACAGUGUGCUGUCCAGGUCGCGCUACUGAUCCAUGCACUGAACCACGACUCGAUGGCAGUGGCGAAGCAAUGCUAAAUCGUUAUACUUAUAGCCCAUUGACCAAACAGUGCUUGCCGUUUAUUUAUACUGGUAUUGGAGGGAAUCAAAAUAAUUUCUUGUCAAAGGCAAGCUGUGAGGCAACUUGUCCUGUUGUUCAAAAUCCUUGUAAUGAUGGCGAACCGGCUUAUUUGUUAUGUGCGUCCAAUGUCGCAGGUGCUUGUCCUGAUGGGUAUUGGUGUCAUAUUGGAGCCGAUAUAACAGCAUCGCUUUGUUGUCCAGGAGCUGACAACCCAUGCAUUUUACCGUUACAAGAAGGAAAAGGGUCAUCGCGUUUAGCCAGAUGGUAUUUUGAUAUUAAUACUCGACGAUGCACUCGAUUUCAGUAUGCUGGUUAUGGUGGCAAUCAGAAUAAUUUUCAAACCCAUCAAGAUUGUCUACAAAAAUGCCCUGAGAAUCCUUGCUCAGUGGGUGAUCCAGCUUCCUCUUUGGUUGGUGGUGUUCAAUAUUGUAGUCCUAAGCAACCUGUUUGUCCACCUUCAUACUACUGCCAUGUCGGAUCAUCGCCUGAGAAUACAGUAUGUUGCCCCUCGCUUGGAAAUGCGUGUUUAGCACCCAUGUCUAUUGGAACCGGAUCAGCUGGUUUGCCGAGGUGGUAUUUUAACCAGAAUACAAGGCAAUGUCUUCCAUUUAUGUAUUCGGGUGCUGGUGGAAAUGAAAACAAUUUUGGAAAUGAAGCAUCAUGUAUUCGGCUAUGUCCGGUGUUUCGUAAUCCCUGUCCAAAUGACUUCCAGAACAAUAACUACUUAACAAUUAUGAAAUGCAGUGAAAGCAACCCACAGUCAUGUCCACCAACUCACUGGUGCCACAUUGGUGAAACAAGUGACACAACCGUUUGUUGCCCUGGAGCUGCUGAACCAUGCCUCUUUCCAUUAGCUCAAGGUGCAGUUAGUAAUAUUGGGCCGUUUACUAGAUGGUACUUCGAUAAGUUUUCUGGCGUAUGCAAAACUUUUCAAUACAGCGGCUAUGGUGGUAAUCAGAACAAUUUCAAAACGAAAGAAAACUGUGUGGCAAGAUGUGUAGCGCAAUCAUCGGUAUGUUCAAUGCCUUUAGUAAUCGGUUAUGGAAGGAUGCAGCUGAAUAGAUUUUAUUAUAAUUCUGAUCUCCGAACUUGCUUACCAUUUAUCUAUAUGGGUGAGGGAGGCAAUCAAAACAAUUUUCGAACAAUGCAGAAUUGCAUGUUGUCCCCAAUUAGGCGGCAAAUUUGUCCAAAAGGUGGUCCGCUGCUAACGCCAGAAGGAAUUCCAAUAAGCUGUUUAUUGAACCAAAUCAACGCUUGCCCUGUAAAUGGUUAUAUAUGCAGUCUGACUGAUAAUGGCGAUGCAUACUGUUGUCCGGAUCCAAGUAAUUUUUUGAAAAUUGAUCCUGAAAAGCUUAUUGAAAAAAUGAAGUAG